AUGGAUCCAUCGAGAAAUACAAGGCGCGUCUCGAGGCAAAAACGGUUCAAGCAGAAAUAUGGCAUCGACUACACGGAGACGUUUUUGCCGGUAGUCAAGUACGUGACGCUGCGCAUGGAAGUUGCAAUCACGAAGUACUUUGACUGGACACUGGACCAACUGGACGUGGUGACAGCUUUCCUAUACGGAGAAAUGAAGAGCAGGUAUUCUGCACGAUCCCAGAAGGGGUCGAAGUUGAUGAAGACUUUUGUUGAUAGGUGUAAAGCUUGA